AUGUCUCUCUCUACAGGCUCCGGAAAGACAACGUUCAUGCAGCGCAUCAACUCAUACCUCCACUCUCAAAAGCGCAUCCCCUAUGUUCUGAACCUCGAUCCCGCCGUGUACUCCGUGCCAUUUGAGAGCAACAUCGACAUCCGCGACUCCAUCAACUACAAGGAGGUGAUGAAGCAGUACAACCUGGGUCCCAACGGCGGCAUCAUUACCUCGCUCAACCUAUUUGCGACAAAAGUCGACCAGAUCAUCUCUCUCCUGGAGAAACGCACCGCCCCGAACCCGAGCAACCCCUCCGCCAAACCCAUCGAGCACAUCCUCGUCGACACACCGGGUCAAAUCGAGGUGUUCGUGUGGAGCGCUUCCGGGAGCAUCUUCCUGGAGACUCUGGCGUCGUCAUUCCCCACCGUCAUUGCAUACGUGAUUGAUACCCCGCGCACGAGCUCAACAAGCACCUUCAUGAGCAACAUGCUGUACGCGUGCAGUAUUCUGUACAAGACAAAGCUGCCCAUGAUCCUGGUGUUCAAUAAGACGGAUGUGCAAGACGCCGAGUUCGCGAAGGAAUGGAUGACCGACUUUGAUAAGUUCCAGCAGGCCCUGCGCGAGGAAGAGGAAUCCGGGGCGUUCGGUUCCGAGGGCGGGGCUGGCGGCGCCGGUGGCGGCAGCGGGUAUAUGGGCUCGCUGCUGAACAGCAUGAGUCUGAUGCUGGAGGAGUUCUAUCGGCAUUUGAAUGUCGUCGGAGUCAGCUCGAUGACAGGAGACGGAAUUGACGAGUUCUUUGAGGCUGUUGAGGAGAAGCGGCAGGAGUUCGAACGCGACUACAAGCCGGAGCUGGAGCGGAAGAAGAAGGAGCGCGAAGAGAUGAAGGCCAACCAGCGGGAAAUGGAGCUCGGCAAGCUGAUGAAGGACAUGAAUGUCUCCGGCUCCAGCCGCCCCAAGCGUGCGGAGGAGGCCGAGACUGUUAGUGAAGCUGAAGAGGAGGAAGAAGAGGCUGCGGCUGCGAGUCGGAAAGGAGAGUUUGAUGCCCCAGACGAUGUCGAUAGCGAUGAUGAAGAUGAGGUCCUUCGCGCUGGGAAUGACGAAGGACUAUCCCAGCGCUACAAAGAGGCGCUGGCCGAUUCAAAGGGCGCUCCGUCCGACCAAGACCUGAGUUUCAUGAGAUACUUGCGGGCAAGCAAUAUCAAUCAAUGA